GAGUAGUUCAAACAUCUCCAAAGCAAACCUCCUGCUGUGGAGCGGGUCCAAAAAUGGACCCUUUGUGUGUAAUGGGUACAACAGCCAACUCUCCUAAAAACUGCUCGAUGAGAAACAGGGCCCUUCACCGCUGGCUCCAGCCACAGCUCAGAACUGUCACCUGUAGUGACGCAUCACCCAAGAGCCUUGGGACCACCAGCACUCGAUCACAGCCUGCUGAUGGGCAGCUGCAAUAAUGGACCCCAUCACUUCUCCUGUGGUUUUCCAGGUGGGAAGUUCUGGAGCCCCUGUGGCACACUCAGAUAGCUGUGGCCACUUUUAUGUCUUUGAAGAGAGCGGUGGGGCACAUCCAGGACACCAUGUCCCUCUUCUUCUGCUGCAUCGGGAAGGGAAAGACCAGCGUGCUCAUCCUGAGGGACAUAGGCAUGACCCUCAUUAAAGACCCAUGACUGCAAAUUAAAUACUACCAUGAUUUUCUGGAAAUGAUGACAGAGGGCAGCCUGGAAGAAGCUCUGCUGAGCGUAAGAAUUUCAUUUUUCCUCCACUGCUCCUCACCCUCUGAGAUCCCACCGCAGUGCUCCUGCCAGCACCACUCACUUUCAGCCAGCCAGGACCUGGGCAGCCCCUCGGGCUGGAUGGGACCUGACCUCCAGUCCCACAAGCUCUUGCAGUGCUCAGUGCCUCAGCCACAGCAGGGAUGCCCCAAAGCCUGAGCUUUCAGGUCAGCAAGAACCAGUCCCUGCUCAAGCAUCCUUAUUGCUGCCCUGACAGAAAAGAUGGGUGGUUUAUGAUGUGGCAUCACACCUUCGCUGGGCAGCUCGUUAGAAGGGUGGGCUAAUGGUGAUCACACAGCACUUGUGAUGGUUUCAGAGAGGCAGUGUCAUCUUGUGGCAGCGGGCAGCCAGCUGCCUUGGUCAGCGCAAGAGGUCACCUCCUCGGCAUGGCCUCCCUCAGCCCUGUGCUCCUCUGCUGGAGGUCCCAGGGAUGCUGGACUUGGUGAUACCUCGUGCAACAGCCGCAGCUUCCCUGUCCUGCUCCAGUUGCAUCACCGUCAUCAUCAUCACCUUUCCAGGGCAGCUCUGAGGAUCCUGCAGGCACUAGGACCUGCCUGAAGCCUUUACGACUGUGCAGCGGGGCUAAAUAUAGCCCAGCCCAGCUGGCUGCCAGGCAGCGCUCCCUACGCACUGCUGGGCGAAGCACCCCAAUCCCCUCGGCACCCCGAUCCCCCGGCACCCCAGCCCGUGCCGCAGCCCGGCCGCCACACAGAAGCAGCCAGCCAGGAGCCCUGCACUGGGGCCAGUGACAAGGUGGCCUCGGUGGCCGAUGGUCCAGCUCUGCAAGGUCACGGCCUCGCUGCUCAUCAGCAAUGCCAGGGCGGCCUGCAACGAGGACCUGCUCACGCGAGAGGGAGUCACCUUCUGCGUUAAUGUCACCAGGCAGCAGCCGUUCCCCAGGCUCCAGCGGGUCCGGGGCAUACGGGUCCCAGUGUUCGAUGACCCGGCCGAAGACCUGUACCGGUACUUCGAGCAGUGCAGCGAUGCUAUAGAAGAGGCUGUGAAGAGCGGUGGGAAGUGCUUGGUUUACUGUAAAAACGGCCGCAGCCGCUCAGCUGCCAUUUGCACGGCUUAUCUGAUGAGACACCGAAAGCUGCCACUCAAGGACGCGUUUGAGACUGUGAAGUCUGCCAGACCAGUAGCAGAACCCAAUGCAGGAUUUUGGUCUCAGCUGCAGAGAUAUGAAGAAGAUUUGCAGAUAGCAAAGCAGUCUGAUCUGCUGAGCAAAGGACUUAAAAAUAGCAAUGUGUGAAGAUGUUAUAAAAGGAGUGAAGUGGCUUGCUGGAGAUUUUUUAAAAAAAAAAUAAGGUAAUCACAUCAAGUAUCACCUAUACAUAAAACGCCUUACUCCCUGAAGUGA